AUGGAGUGGGAGGCGUGGGGCGGCUGGCGGCGGGGGCUCUGGCCCGGGGGGGAGGCGGCGGAGGAGCAGUUCCUGGGCGGGGGGGGCCUGCCGGUGGCGGACCCACUGGCGCGUUUGGACCUGGCGCAGGUGGGCAGCUUGAACGCAGAGCUGCUGGGGCUGCGCGCCCAGGAGGGGGAGCAGCUGGGGGCGCUCAACGACCGCUUCGCCGCCUACGUGGAGCGGGUGCGGGAGCUGGAGGGCCGCCACCGGGCGCUGCUGCUGGAGCUGGAGGCGCUGCGCCGCCAGGAGCGCGCCGCGCCGCGCAGGCCCCAGCUCUACCGGGCAGAGGCGCGCGGCCUGCGGGAACGGCUGCAGGCCGAGCAGGGCGACAAGGCCCGCCUGGAGGAGCAGCAAGCCCGCCUGCGCCAGGCCUGCGCCCAGCUGCGCGAGCGCUGCGCCCAAGAGGCCCGCCGGCGCCUGGACGCCGAGGAGACGCUGCGCCGCCUCCGCCAGCAGGCCGCCCGCGCCGCGCUGGCCGCCUCCCACGCCGACGGCGCCGCCGCCUCCCUGGCCGCCCAGCUGGCCUUCCUGCGCAAGCUGCUGGCCGAGGAGCGCGCCCAGCUGGCCGCCCAAGCCCAGCUGGCCGCCCAAGCCCGCGCCGCCCUGGAGGAGGGCCACCCGGCGGGGGCCAGCAAGCCCGAGCUGGCGGCGGCCCUGCUCGACAUCCGCGCCCAGUACGAGCGCCUGGCGGCCCAGAACAUGCAGGCGGCCGAGGAAUGGUACCGCUCCAAGUUCGCCUCGGUGGCGGAGCUGGCCAGCCGCAACCAGGAGGCCGUGCGCGCCAUCCGCCAGGAGACCGGCCACUACCGGCGCCUGCUGCACGCCCGCUCCGCCGAGAUCGAGGCCCUGCGCGCCGCCGUCGACUCGCUGCACGGGCAGCUGGAGAGCCUGCAAGGGGAGCAGAGCGCCCAGGUGGCCCGCUGCCAGGCGCGCGCGGCGGAGCUGGAGCAGGAGCUGUGGGCGGCCAAGGAGGAGAUGGGGCGCCACCUGCGCGAGUACCAGGAGCUGCUGAGCGUCAAGAUGGCCCUCGACAUCGAGAUCGCCGCCUACAGGAAGCUGCUGGAGGGCGAAGAGACGCGCUGGAGCUCUGCGGGGCAAACGCCGCUGAAAUAG